GACUCCCCCGCCGUCCAACCGUUCCUCCCGGCCGCCAGGCGGCGCGCGCGCCCGGCGGGCCCGAGCCUCAGGGGCGGCAGCGGUGGCGGUGGCGGCGCGGCCAUGGCGGACCGGCUGACACAGCUGCAGGACGCCGUCAACUCGCUCGCGGACCAGUUCUGUAACGCCAUCGGCGUGUUGCAGCAGUGCGGCCCGCCGGCCUCCUUCAGCAACAUCCAGACGGCCAUAAACAAGGAUCAGCCCGUGAACCCCACGGAAGAGUAUGCCCAGCUGUUCGCAGCUCUGAUCGCUCGCACUGCCAAGGAUAUCGAUGUUCUCAUAGAUUCCCUGCCCAGUGAAGAAUCCACAGCAGCUUUGCAGGCUGCGAGCCUGUACCGGCUGGAGGAGGAGAACCACGAGGCGGCGGCGCGGCUGGAGGAGGUCGUGUAUCGCGGGGAUGUGCUGCUCGAGAAGAUCCAGAGCGCCCUGGCCGACAUCGCCCAGUCGCAGCUGAAGACGCGGAGCGGCACCCACAGCCAGGCCCUGCCCGACUCGUAGCGCCAGGGGGCAGCGCGGCCCUGCCCAAAAGCCUCGGGAACGCCUCUGGAUACACCCGGGAAUGGAUGGGCUGGCCCGGCCCUCCCGCGGGCCUGCCCCGCGCUCUGCAGCGCGUCGGGAGCGGCAGCUUUGGCACAGCUUGGCUGCGGGUUUUGUGUGAGAAACGCUUCUACAGGGGCUCUGUUACGGAUCUGCGUGGACUGAUGUUUCUCUGACUUAAAACGAGCUUUCUGUUCGCACAUAUUACUUCAAUCGAAUUUGUUAACAUAUUACAAGUAUUUGUAUAAGUUAAUCCCACUAUAGUCAUGGUAUGGUUUUUUGUAAGCCCCAGACACAUAGGAGUUGGCCAGAGUUCCCUGGAGACAGUGCAGUGCUGUGAAUGCAAUCAUGGUCAUGUUUUAAUUAACAGCACUGCCAAUGUUGAUUGGCUGCUUUACCACCCUUUACAGAGCAUAUGAAAGGAUAAGUAAACUCUGAUGUUUACAGAGUGAUUGUUCUUGUCAUCGGCAUCACAUUUACAAAGAAAUAAACCUGCAGGUGUCUGAUACUGACAUUUAUUAUUGUUUGUAAUUCACAAAAGAGCCUUUGAGUCCAUUGUUGCCACUGACGCACUUGUUCUUGCUUGUGCUAUUUCUCUGCUUUUACUGAUAUUCUGUAUUUUCUUGGCAGCUGGUGAGUGCCUCUAAAGCAGGCAGUGAUGAGGAAGCAUUGGAUGACUGGAUAAAAAUCAGCAGUGAGAAAACUGAAAAUAGCCUAUUACAUCAGGUUGCUUUUCAGUGUAAGCAAUGGCUGCCGUAUGAAUGCUGUGAUCAUAAGCAGCGAGAUUCCCCUUGUCCCCAAGGUGCUCUACAGAGGUGUAUUUAUCUUCACACACUCACAGAGUGAAUUUCUGCUCUUUGUUGUAGGACUACAGAAAUACUAGUAUCUCUUAUGAUAUUUGAAAUAAAACCCCAACACGAAACCAGCAGCUAAUGUGGGGUUCAAAGCAUGAACUUGGGGUUAAACUUGCUCAUUUUCUAUUGUUUUGAGUUACCAGCCUUGUUACUACAAGAUCUUGUUUGUUGCCACAUAACAUCUGCUCAUUUCCUGAUCAAAACCACCUGUUUCCAUAUAUUGACUGCACUGUCAUUGACUUGAAAGUUACAUAUAUUGCUAAUGCACCCAGACAAAUCAGAGCAAUUAAAAAAUGCCUUUAGCAUGCAACAGGUGUAGCACAGCACAAUGUUUUGAGGAUUAAAAAAGACAAAGGUGUUCCUACCUCUAACAAAUACUAAAACUGUAAGUACUUAAUGAGACUGGUAUUUCAUUGCUUAAUAAUAUUUUAUGAAAUGUGCUUAUCUGUAGUAAUAAAUUUAAUCUGCUGUUGUGGAACUCUUGUACUAUCAGAUUCUGCAGAAGGAAAAAAAGAUUGGAGGGUGAACAGACUACAGUACAGCCCUAGGCCUAUGGCAGCUUGUCCUUGAUUUAUUUUGCCCAUGUCCUGGGGAGGCUUGAGAGGCCAGAUUUUCAUUCGAAGUCAGUCCUGGGGCCUGGUUUUUGGGUUUUCCUGGAAAAACUACAUCCAGUGCUUCUCAAGAUGGUUUGGAUUAGGGUGGGGUGAAUUUUUGUUGUUUGUUUGCUUUUUGAAUUAAUGGACUUGAAAAGA